CCCUAAAUCUUGGAGAGCCGCCUUUGUGGCUAUGAAACUUGUAAAUUGGAUAGGCCUUCUAUGGUUUAUAUUGCCUUACAAUAACAAUAUCUUCCACUUCAUUAAAUUAAAUCAAAUACUACUCUUAUCUCUUUUCUACUUCAAUUCCAAGACAGCACUCAUGGAAGAUACGCCUAUGCCCCACAAACAAUUCAAUUUGUGGUUUCCCUCUCUUUCCGUUUCUAGUUUAACUUAGUUUAAUAUGUUAAUGGAGAAAUUUUUAUACACUGACACUGAUAGAUUAUUAUAGUAUCAUACAAAACUACCUGUUAUUACAGGUUAACUUAACCAAUUUUACACUUUUAAGAACAUACAUUAUGCUAAGUUUGGAUGUAUUACCCGUAAGAAUAAGUAAUGAGUACCAAAUGUCAUAUGAUUAUAAGAUUUUAAACACUAUACUUAGUGGUUAAUUGACUUUAACAUGGGUAAAAAGAAGAGGAUAUGGAAUAUGAGUCAGCUGGCGCCACAAGGACCAUAAAUUUAUCCAAAUUUCUACCACCACCCAAACCCCAUCUUCAAAUACAGACAAAAACAUUCACUACAACUCUUUUGAGAGAGUGUGUGUGUGUGUGUGUGUGUGUGUGUGUGUGUUUGGAAGACAGCUGCAAUGGCUAUGGCAAUAGCUCUUCGGAGGCUUUCAUCUACAGUUGACAAACCCGUUAAGCAUCUCUACAAUGGUGGCUCUCUCUAUUACAUGUCAUCUUUGCCUAAUGAAGCUGUAUAUGACAAGGAAAAAUCUGGAGUCACUUGGCCAAAGCAGCUGAAUGCUCCUCUAGAGGUUGUUGAUCCUGAGAUUGCUGACAUUAUUGAGCAUGAGAAAGCCCGCCAAUGGAAGGGGCUCGAACUUAUUCCCUCAGAAAAUUUCACUUCUGUUUCGGUGAUGCAAGCUGUUGGAUCAGUCAUGACUAACAAGUACAGUGAAGGAUAUCCUGGUGCCAGAUACUAUGGAGGAAAUGAGUACAUAGACAUGGCAGAAACCUUAUGCCAGAAGCGUGCUUUGGAAGCAUUCAGGUUGGAUCCUGCAAAAUGGGGAGUGAAUGUGCAGCCUUUAUCAGGAUCACCCGCUAAUUUUCAUGUUUACACUGCAUUGCUAAAACCUCAUGAGCGAAUCAUGGCUCUUGAUCUUCCUCAUGGUGGACAUCUUUCUCAUGGAUAUCAGACUGAUACGAAGAAGAUAUCUGCAGUCUCUAUAUUCUUUGAGACAAUGCCAUACAGACUCAAUGAGAGCACUGGCCUUAUUGACUAUGAUCAGCUUGAGAAAAGUGCCGUACUCUUUAGGCCAAAAUUAAUUGUUGCUGGUGCUAGUGCCUACGCACGUCUUUAUGAUUAUGAAAGAAUCCGGAAGGUUUGCAACAAACAGAAAGCUAUCUUGUUAGCAGAUAUGGCACACAUUAGUGGAUUGGUUGCAGCUGGAGUGAUUCCAUCACCAUUUGAUUAUGCUGAUGUUGUCACUACCACAACCCACAAGUCCCUUCGUGGGCCUCGUGGUGCUAUGAUUUUCUACAGGAAGGGUGUUAAAGAGGUUAACAAGCAAGGCAAGGAGGUUUUGUACGACUUUGAAGACAAAAUUAACCAGGCAGUCUUUCCUGGACUUCAAGGUGGUCCCCACAAUCACACCAUUACUGGCUUGGCAGUUGCCUUGAAACAGGCAGUGACUCCAGAAUACAGAGCUUACCAAGAGCAAGUCCUCAGCAACUCCUCAAAAUUUGCCCAGGCUUUAGGGGAGAAGGGCUAUGACCUUGUCUCUGGAGGAACCGAUAAUCACUUGGUUUUGGUGAACCUGAAAAACAAGGGCAUUGAUGGUUCCAGGGUUGAAAAAGUCUUGGAAGCUGUACAUAUUGCAGCCAACAAGAACACAGUUCCUGGAGAUGUAUCUGCCAUGGUCCCAGGUGGCAUCAGAAUGGGAACUCCUGCACUCACUUCUCGAGGAUUUGUUGAGGAAGAUUUUGUAAAAGUUGCUGAGUUCUUUGAUGCUGCUGUGAAGAUAGCAGAGAAAGUAAAGGCUGGAACUCAAGGGACAAAGUUGAAAGACUUUGUAGCAACGUUAGAAUCCAGUGCUCCAAUCAAGUCUGAAAUUGCAAAACUCCGCCAUGAUGUGGAGGAGUAUGCUAAGCAGUUCCCGACAAUUGGUUUUGAGAAAGAAACAAUGAAGUACAAAAACUAAGCAUUUAUAGACAUGGCACCUAAUAUCCAGCUUCAUAAAGGUGAAAGGGGAAGAAUCCAACCAUGGCUUGCUUUCAAGUACAUGUUGUCAUGCUUAUAUAUGUAAAGAAAUCCAGCAGAUGUUGGUUCCUGUAUGUGCAAUUUGUAUAUUGAACACUUAACAGUCCAACUGAGCUCCUUUAAAGCAAUAAACUGUUGUUACCUUUCA